AACCUUCAUUUGUAUCUUAAAAGACGAAAAUACCCUCAAAAGAAUUUUGAAUCACAGAAAACUCGCCACGAAACUCUCAAAAUGCCAAUGGUACUUUCCAUUCUCGAUCUUGUUCCCUUGUUUCUGUCCGCAGAAUAAACGAGAGGAGAGAGAAGGAAGUAAGAGAUAAAGACAGGAUCAAAUCAAACACACACAAAAGAAGCAAAGAAAACUAUUUUGAUAUAGAGAGAGAGAGAGAGAGAGGAGAUGGAGAAGAUGAAGUGUGAGCUAUGUGAGGGUGUGGCGAGAAUGUUCUGUGAGUCAGACCAGGCGAGUUUAUGCUGGGACUGCGACGGUAACGUUCACGGAGCUAACUUUCUGGUGGCUAAACACGCGCGCUGUCUUCUUUGUAGCGCGUGCCAAUCUCCUACGCCUUGGAAAGCUUCUGGCCUUCGGCUCUGUCCAACGGUUUCUAUAUGCGAGUCUUGCCUUGCUCGUAAGAAUAACUCCGGCGCCGGCAGCAAUAGUUACGGAGAAGACGACGGCGCAGAAUCUAAUGAUGAGGAUGAGGAAGAUGAAGAAAGUGAUGAUGAGGAAGAAGAAGAAGCGGAGAAUCAGGUGGUGCCAUGUGAUGCGGCUGCGGCGGUGCAAGAAUCUCCGGUGAUGAGUUCAUCGUCUUCCGUUAGCAGCGGAGAGGAACGUUUCAGUUUGGUAGCGAAAAGGACGCGACAAGCUUCAGAACAUAACUCCGAUGAUGUGGAAUCAAACGAGUCAGGACCUUUGAAACGGCUGAAGAGAGAUGCAACCUCGCCAAGAUCAACGGCUAUGAUGAAAUCAACCUUAAAAAUCAAACGACUGUGAUACACCACCAACAUAUGUAGAAAUGUCAGCCGUUGAUUUCUCUGCUUAUUCAGAUUUAGAUUAAUCAUCACUGUUCAUUGAUAACAGUUCAUCUUUUAGUGAAUUGAGUUUAGCUCCUUUAAUGGCUUAGUUUGUUUACAUUUCUUUCUCUAAAACCACAUGUAUUGGUUGAACCCUUUUUGCUUAGUACGUUUUCGUUUUUUGGUUGUAUUAUUCACCUAUCUAUAGUUAUGUUGAUUUUAUUUGUUUAAGCUA